UGACUAUUACUUUAACUGCAAUGUGGUUACAACGGUGCUGCUCGUACUAUAGGUUUGUGGUACGGACUGUCAAGAGUUAUUUUUGACGAGAAAUAUGCCACUGACUAACAAUCUAUCAGCUUCUUAAAGUUUACCACGUGCAUAGCAGGUGAACUUUGGAAUUGGGCAAGUGAAUGAAAAUUACAUAACUAUUCCAUGCCUUCUAUAUUUGGAGUCGAGUGCGUGUUGGUUCUUUUACAACACCUCACUCUCCAGAAAUGUUUCCCAAAAUGUUAUGUGUCUUCGGAGUGUCUUCAGAACAAUUAUGGUAAUUUUAAAAAAAGUUCCGGCCGAGUGAAAUCCGCGUGUUUUGAAAUUGUUGGAUCCAAACCCCUCUCGCUCGAACCUAGGGUGCUUGCUCAAGGGGCGACUUCGAACCAUCAUAUCAUCGAGCUGGAGAGGUACUUGUCGAAAACGAGUUUACCGUGUGAAGAGAGCAAACCAGUCCGCAGUCAAGAACAUACAGCUCUAUUGAACAAGCUGACAUCAGUAGAAAGUAUCAUGAAAGAGAGGCUAUUGACAUUACCAUUCGAAGAACAAGAGAUGAAAUCAAAGUUAACGGAUAUUAUUGACAGAGAAUAGAAAACAACCGCAUUA